AUGCGCUCGCUAUUGAUCUUCUCUGUGCUGGCAUUUGCUGGGUCCAUCGUGGCUCAAGCUAUAGAGUCAAGUGAUGUCCCGGCCCAGUGCAAGGAUGUUUGCGCCCCCGUGGCAUCGACUAGCAUUCCCAAUUGUGCUGCGUGCCUGGACAAGUACAGCAAAGACGGCAAAGACAACGACGCCAAUAACCUUAUCCGAGAGUGCUCGUUUACCUCGACCACAUAUACUGCUGACUCCUCUCCCUCUGCCACAUCCAACUCGGCCGGCACGACUUCCCCUAGUACGACUUCGAGCAGUGGAACGAUGUCAGUCACUUCCACGGAUAGAACUGCGUCUGCCACAGGCAGCUCUACUGGCUCAAAGUCUGCAGCGGCGACUACAAAUGCAGCGGGCAAGUCAGUGAAGCUACAGACUGGGCUUUUUGGAGCAGGUCUUCUUGGCCUCCUGCCAUUUGCUGGGCACUAA